AUGUAAGGACAAUAAGCUUAAUAAUUGUUAGUUUAAUCAAAUAUCUAAUUUUCAUUUUAGAUAUAAUAAUUUUAAUAUCAAUAAUUAUAAUAACCACAAGAUUCUUUAUGGUUAAAUAAAUCAUAAACAAUUCCAAUUAAAACUGGAAAUCAAUUAUAAAUUGAAGUUAUGCUUUAAUUAAGAGUUUGUACACAUGAAUUAAUGAAAAAUUAUGAUAAAUAAUAGAAAAAGAUCCAAAAAGACUUUGCUAAAUAGAUGGUGGUGGUUUUUUUAGGUAAUCAAUUCAUUGUUUUUACUAGUUAUUGCUGGACAGAUGGAUAUGGAUGGAUGGGAACUCUUUAUGAACGUUUAGAAUGAUCUAAUUAAACCCAUAGUGCUAAAUUUGUAAUUAGGACAUGCAACACACUAUGAUCUUGAAUUAGAGACAAGGGGACUUGGUUCUUAUAUAAGAAAUGAAUAUUUUUCAUUUAUAAGUCAAAUAUAGAAGAAUUUACAUUAUUACACAAGUUUAAUCUUUUAAUAAUUAAAAUUCAUUAUAAACUAUUAUAACGCGACGCAAUUGUUAAAUUUUUUAUCGUUUAACAUAUCAUUAAGUAUCCUCUCUUACUCGACAAACAGAGUAGCUUUGUACUUAAUUUAUAUUUUGACUUUUUAUGAUUGA